CUGUUCGCACCAUUUUUGCCGCCGGAACGCCGCGUGGAAAAAAAUAUUAUUUUUGUUUGAAUUGUUUUAACACAGCAUCAUGGACCUAAGCGAUGCUGUGCUCACCUGUGCGGUCAGCAUACAGUGGACCAACGCGGUGGGGAUUACGGGCCGCAAGCUGGCCUAUAAGACGGCCACCCUGCGCUUGGUUCGCAACGAUGUCCGGGAGCUGUUUGUGGAGGUGACGCCGGAGAAGCUGAAGCCGCUGAAGUUCAAGCUGAAGGAUCUGAUGGUGCACAAGAAGUUCAUGGCCGAGGGCAAGGCCACGUUCAACUUCAAAGCGGAGAACUGUGCCCUCUAUCUGUCCAAUGCCCCACCAGGCACCCUGAUGUUCUUCCUGCGCACAAUUUUCAUCAAAAUGAAUGGUGAUGGUGGGGGGCAGCCGGACGAGGCCUCGAUGCAGAAGAAGCUAAGGGAGCACCUGCUCUCGGGCAAGCCAACUAGCUUUGAGGACGUGUCGCCCGUGACCACAGCGGAGAUGUUGUUGGCGCGCAAAAAGGCGGGACUUGUGCCCAAAGCAACGACCACCACGCCCUCGCCACAGGGCGCCAAGAAGCGGCGCUUCGACGAGCUCAAGGAUCAGGAUCGAGAGAAAGGCACAGUGCCCGCAGCCAAGAAGCUGUACCAAUCCUCACCACUGACCGGCACAGACGAAUCGCUGCGCCUCAGCGAGGAGCAAAUGGAAGUGCUGCGUGCCUGCACCACGGGCAAAAAUGUCUUCUUCACGGGCUCUGCAGGCACCGGCAAGAGUUUUCUCUUGCGCCGCAUCAUCUCUGCGCUGCCGCCAGAUGGUACCAUAGCCACAGCUUCGACGGGUGUGGCCGCCUGCCUCAUUGGUGGCACUACGCUGCACGCCUUUGCGGGCAUUGGCGGCGGAGAUGCCACCAUGCAGCGUUGCCUGGAGCUGGCCUCGCGCCCGAUCAGCGCUCAGACAUGGCGCAAGUGCAAGCGGCUGAUCAUCGAUGAGAUCUCCAUGGUGGAUGGGCAGUUCUUUGAGAAAAUCGAGGCAGUGGCCCGGCACAUUCGUCGCAACGAUCGUCCCUUUGGUGGCAUUCAGCUGAUCCUCUGCGGUGACUUUCUGCAGCUGCCGCCCGUGAUUCGGGGGGAUUUUGGUGCAGCUCCGCCCCAGCAGCGCUUCUGCUUUCAGUCCAGCGCCUGGGAGACGUGCAUCCAAUGCGUUUACGAGCUGAAGCAGGUGCACCGACAGUCGGAUCCGGAAUUUGUGCAAAUCCUCAAUCAUUUGCGCAUUGGUCAUGUGAAUGAAACGAUUACCUCGCGGCUAGCGGCCACCUCCAGGCAGAAAAUCGAGGGCAAUGGCAUCCUCGCCACUCAGCUCUGCUCCCACACGAAUGACGCGAAUUCCAUCAAUGAAUCGAAGCUGGAGAAUCUCAAAGGGGACAAGGUGCUCUUCCGCGCAGACGACUCCGAUGCGGGCAUGACCAAGCAGCUGGAUCAGCAGGUCCAAGCACCAUCCCAGCUCUACCUGAAGGUGAAUGCUCAGGUGAUGCUCCUGAAGAACAUAAACAUAUCGAAUGGACUGGUGAAUGGUGCACGCGGUGUGGUGGUACGCAUGGAAAAGGAUCUGCCAGUGGUCAGGUUCAAGAACAAUCAGGAGUACGUCUGCAAGCACGAAAAGUGGAUUAUCAAGACGGCCACCGGUGGCACGAUCACACGUCGCCAAGUGCCGCUGAAGCUGGCCUGGGCAUUCUCCAUACACAAGAGCCAGGGCCUCACACUCGACUGCGUGGAAAUGUCCCUGUCGAAGGUCUUUGAAGCGGGUCAGGCCUAUGUGGCGCUGUCCCGUGCCAAGUCCCUGCAAUCCGUACGCAUUCUCGACUUCGAUGCCAAGCAAGUGUGGGCCAAUCCGCAGGUGUUGCAGUUCUACAAGGGCUUCCGGCGACGCCUCAUGGACACCACGAUGAUACCGCUGGGACCCAAGAACAAGGACAAGCGGCCAGCCGAUGCCAACAGUGCGCUGGCCAAGAUCAAGAAGAGUUUGAUGAGCAAACCUUUGGUUAGCAUUAGCUGAUUGCGGAAUGGGAAAUCCCUUUUAGAUGAAUUUACUACUAAAGACUGCUUCACUUUUGGAGGCUUAUUCACUUAACUUUAAGCAUAUUUAAGCGCAACUUUCUAUGGCAAUUUCAACACCCCUCCACACUAGGGUAUUAGAUGAACAAAUUAGUAUUAAGCCAAGCAACUGACGUUAAACACUGCUGCAAUUAAUCGACUAAAAAACCACACACAAGGAUUGCACUUUAAACUAAGUAGAUGAAGAAAUUAUUCAAGCCGAGAAGAAGCUCCAAACAGAAGCGACUUCAAUGUCCAUAAAUUAAGAAAUAUUUCCACAAUUAAUAGACUCGCACAUCAGACUA